UUCGUGCGUUCGAGUCUGGGUUUCCUUUAGUUAAACGGACAGCAUCCAGAGUGAAAAUUUGCGAAAAACAAAACAUGUCACGGUUUCGAAAUCUUCUCGCAUGGGCCUUGCCCCUGGCCACAGCGUUGACUGUAGCUAACGCCAGCUAUAGUGGAAAUAUGUUUCUAAAUGGAGAGUACAAGCAGGGCUUAAAGGAACAUCCCGAGACGCACUUCUCAGUCAAUCCAUCGGCGAACAUUUUCCUCAACCAUGCGAUUAUUAGCAGACAAGCUUCUCCCUUCCAGGGUCCCACAUAUUUGCCACCGAAAGAGUUCCUGAAGUGCUCGCCGGGUCAACAAUGUGUGCGUCAAGGUCAAUGCCAAAAUGGCUAUUUCAGUCAGCAGCUCCCAAAGAUUCAGAAUUGUGAACCAGAGACCGAUAUUUGCUGCACAUAUCGCGCGCCACCGACCACUACAACAACCACAACAACCACGCCCAGGCCCUACGCAACCUGUGGACGCGACUCUGAUUGUGUCGCGCCUGAGGCUUGUCGCAAUGGAGAAAUCGCUGCCCCCAAUUACAUUAAGAAGCAAGGGCCCAACCGUUGUUAUGCCCCCGAAAUCUGCUGCCGCAUGCCUUCGACUACACUGACCGAGGAUGGCUACAUUUUCAAUGUACCUGAGAAGAAUUUCCCUCUGCCAACAAACCCCACUGUGCCAGCUGUUCGUACCACCCAGCCUGCUUACCGUCCCACACCGCCAGCUCCGCAGCCGCCUCGCCCCCAGCCAACGCAACCACGCCCCACCCCGCCUGCCUAUCGCCCAACAUCGCCUCCAGUUUAUACCACACGGCCCACACAACCUCAACCUACUUAUCGCCCACAGCCCACACAACCCCGCCCACAGCCCACACAACCCCGACCACAGCCAACCACACGUCGUCCCACCAACGAGUACUUGCCUCCUCAACCCACAUAUCGACCACAGCCAACAACACGUCGUCCCACGAACGAGUACUUGCCUCCGGUUUCAGUGAACGAGAUUCCCCACCGGGAACGCCCAACGCAACCACCCCGCUAUGAGACCGAUCGUGUGCCCCAGCCAUCCAAUGAUAAGCCCAUCCGUGGCGAAGAUCAGCUUUCCCCACAAAUCUUCCCCCAAAGAGUCCCUUCACAGACGCCUGGCGAACUCCCCAAACACUACGCCAAGUGCGCUUCUGCUCUAGUUUGCACAGACGAGAGCUAUUGCAAUGCCAUAGGUGUACUGACCGAUUCGCCCGUGCAACUAUCACCCAUGGAGGCUGCUUUCCGUGUGCCACUCACAGAUUGUCUGCAGCCAGACAGUGGAGCACCUGGCAAGUGCUGUCGCGAUCCCAACUAUGUGGACCCCUGGCCUGUCAACCUGGCUGGCGUUUGCGCCACACGCAACUCCCGUACAAAGCCCACCGGCAUUAAGGAUAUAGAUAGCAACUUUGCUGAGAUUCCAUGGCAGGCAAUGAUCUUACGUGAGUCGAGCAAGACGCUGCUCUGUGGUGGCGCAAUUAUUGGUGACGAAUUCGUUCUCACCUCGGCCAAAUGUGUAAAUGGCGUACCCGUGAACGAUGUGCGUAUCAAGGCCGGCGAAUGGGAAUUGGGAAGCACCAAGGAACCAUUGCCCUUCCAGCUGGUGGGCGCCAAGACCAUUGACAUUCAUCCCGAGUUCGAUCCCUCUACCGGUGCGCACGACAUGGCUAUCAUUCGUCUUGACAAACGCUUCGAGUUCGCCACACACAUACAGCCAAUUUGCAUCAGUGAUGAGGAUCCUACCGCAUCUGAGCAGUGUGUGACAACCGGGUGGGGCAAACAGGCGCUAUCAAUUCAUGAAGAAGGCGCCAUCAUGCAUGUGACUGGUACGUCGACACAAGCACGUAGCGACUGCGGAGCCGACCAAACUGGAGUAUGUAGCGCUACCAAAUUCGAUUCCUGUGAAUUCGAUGUGGGCAGUGCAUUGGCCUGCGGCAGCGGCUCCAAUGUGCGACUCAAGGGCAUCUACAGUGUAGAGAACAACUGCGGCGAGGGACAGGCUGUGAGGUUCAGCAAACCAGAUAUCAAAUGGAUCAAUACUCAAUUCGCUGACAGAAAUAAGCCCCUAUUACUGAAGCGCUUCUAAGCUGGGAGACUCUCAAAAUAAAACAGACAAAAAGUAAAGAAAUAGUUGAAGCGAAGCAUGUCAUUAGCUUAGGAAAUCGAACAAGUUAGUUAGGCGAGCCAUGCUCUCGAAUGUGGCGAACGUUUCCUUUAGUUGAACUAUUUUUAAUUUAACACGAGACUCCGGACACCUUUUCUAUUUAUUCCCUAUUAUUGCAUAUUCCCAACACUAAUUUUUACCCUAUGCAGCUUUUUACGUUCGUUACUGCCAGCAGAACACAACAAAUAGUUUAAAUAAGCGAACAAUUCAACUGAUUAAUGCUAUAAAGGAGUACCAACAUGUUGUAAAAUAA